AAUAUCAAUUACGACAGUCGACAAGCAUGACCAUUGACUAAACUUGUUAAAGCCUGUGCCAACACGUGUAACUUGAUAGAUAGUUAAAAGAAAUAUAAAACUUAGAUAGAUCAAAUAUAAUUAGUUGUUUUAUUUUGUGUUAAUCAUGGCACAAUUUACUAAAAAAAGAAGAGUUGAAUUAUCAGAAUAUGAUGAAGUUAUGACAAUGGAUCAAUUUCCUGAUGCUGUUAUGACAAAAAUAUUUUCUAAUCUUGCAUCUGUAGAAAAAAUACGUUUAUCAAGAGUGUGCAAACAAUGGAAUACUGUAGCUCAUCAACCCUGGAAAAAUGCUGAUUUUUUGAGUUUUUAUGGUUUAGAAUCACGAAGAAAUCCACUUGUUGAUGAUCAUAUAAAUAAAAGAAUUGUUUUAAAAACAACAAAUCCAAAAAUUUAUCGUAAAGUAUUAUCAUUGUGUGGUGAUAAUAUUAUAUUUCUAUCAUUAUCAGAUAAAAUUGAUAUUUUUAAUGCAAGUAUAUUAACAUCAAUUGCUGAAUAUUGUCAAAAUUUAACACAUUUACGUAUAAAUCAUAUAUAUGAUCCUUACAAUGCUGGAUUAAAUCAAUUAUUAUGUGUUAAUAAAAAUCUUGAAUUAUUUACAAUCAGUGAUUUUAAUGACUACAAUCGUUUGGCACGUUGUCUUCGUCAUCUUCCAACACAAACAUUAAGAGAAUUAAAAAUACGUUCAUCUGAAAAACAAUUAAAUAUUGAGCCUUAUAUUCAAAGUUUAAACACAUUACUUCAUAAAACAUCAUUAACAAGUUUAAACAUUGAUUGUGGUGAUGAUAAAACAAUUAAAACAAUUAGUGAACAUAAAGACAUAAAAUUUUUAUCACUACGUCGUUUUUCAUCAGAAAGUGAUAUUGAUUUUAGUCAUAUAUCUAAAUUAUGUAAUUUAAUACAUGUUGAUUUUUCUUAUUGUCGAAAUUAUGUUAAUGAUAAUGUCAUUGAAUGUAUUGUUAAAAAUGCAAAAAAUAUAAAAAUUCUUGAUUUAAAUGAAUGCAAUCAAAUUACAAUGAUUGGUCUCAGUGCAAUUUGUACAAUGACAAAAUUGAAAAAACUUCAACUUGCUGGAGUUGAAGCUGUUGAUAAUUAUGUAUUGGAUAUGAUACCAUCAAGUGUAACAACACUAGGAUUAGCACUUACUAGUAUCAAUGAUGAUGGUGUUCAGUCAUUUAUUAUGAGACAUGAUAAUCUAAUUGAUUUAGAUAUACGUGAUUGUGCAAUUACAAAUGAUACACUUCAAGCUGCUGUUGAUGCAACAAAGUAUCGUACAAAUAAUAAAGUAUUGUUGAUUGCAUAUACUUUUAAUCCGGUUUAUGAUUCAUCACCAUUUAAAGGUGAAUCACCAUUACUCAAAUUAGUAUCAACUAUUGGAUAAUUUAAACAAACAUAAGUUAGUAUAGAUUUCAUGACUUUCAGUUUAAAAUAUUUAUAAAUUUAGUUGUGAAAAAAAAUAGAAUAAUCAAAAUGGUAUGUACAUUUGGCUAUGAAAAUUA